AUGUCGGCCAAGAAGGCAGAACUAAAGAAAACGAGCCUGAACAAGAACUAUAAGGCAGUGUGCCUGGAACUGAAGCCAGAGCCGACCAAAACAUAUGACUACAAAGGAGUAAAACAAGAAGGGCCGUUUACCAAACCAGGAGGGACGCACCAGCUAAGGAAUGAACUCAGGGAGGUAAGGGAAGAGCUCAAGGAAAAAAUGGACGAGAUCAAACAGAUAAAGGGCGUAAUGGACAAGGAUUUUGAUAAACUCCAGGAAUUCGUGGAGAUUAUGAAGGAAAUGCAGAAGGAUAUGGAUGAGAAGAUGGAUGUUUUAAUAAAUAUACAGAAGAACAGCAAGCUUCCCCUUAGAAGAGGGCCAAAGGAACAGCAGGAACUCAGGCUGGUAGGAAAAAUAGACACAGACCCACAGCUCCGGCUCAAGAAGAUGGAUGGAGCUGAUGGAACACCACUUUCUCUUCACAAGAAGAUGAUGGCACUAGAAAACCCAAAAAAGGACCCUCUGGAUUCCCUUCAUCAAUGCAGGCCAUGCUGCGAAAAAUGUUUGUUGUGUGCCCUAAAGAACAACUACAAUCAGGGACAUAUCCCUUCAAAGGCCUUAGGCCUUUUCAAGAGUGGGAUGAGCCGGUGA